CUCGUCUUCCUGUGUCCCCUCUCUCAGCGAUGUAUAAAACUGAAACAGCCCCUUCUCCACUAACCCAUUACAGAAUCUAAACCCAUCACCAAUGGAGGACGAUUCAGAUCUCGACUUCAGCUUCACCAGCACCAUCUCCACCUCCACCGCCCGCAGCAGCCUCGCUCGGAGCAGCUUAACUCUCAGCUUUAACGAAUCCCGCGGCUUCUCCGCCCUUAACCUCCGUCCCCACCGCCACUCCGACCCACACUGGUCCGCCAUCAAAGCUGCCACUACUCUUUCCUCCGAUGGCCACCUCCACCUCCGCCACCUGAAACUCAUCAAACACCUCGGCACUGGCAACCUCGGCCGGGUUUUCCUCUGCCAUUUGAGAGACAACGAUCACGCCAAUUUCGCCCUUAAGGUCGUUGACAGAGACGCUUUAAGUAACAAGAAGCUUUUGCAGGUUCAAACGGAAUCCGAGAUUCUCGCUUUGCUCGACAACCCUUUUCUCCCUACUCUCUACGCGCGUCUCGACGUCUCUCACUACACGUGCCUCCUUAUUGACUACUGCCCAGCCGGUGACCUCCACUCUCUCCUCCGCAAACAGCCUGGAAACCGCCUCUCCGUUUCGGCGGCGAGAUUCUUCGUCGCUGAGGUUCUGGUGGCGCUUGAGUAUCUUCACGCGCUUGGGAUUGUGUACCGGGAUCUCAAACCUGAGAACGUUCUUUUGCGUGAGGAUGGCCACGUCAUGCUCACUGAUUUCGAUUUGUGCUUUAAGUCUGACGUUGUCCCCACUUUUCACACGUCGACACAGCGGGGACCACAGGGUACUCCCUGCUGCUUUGGGAUGAGGACCGCGGCAGAGGAGAUUGUCGGGGAGUUCGUGGCGGAGCCGACGACGGCCUUUUCCAAGUCAUGUGUAGGAACUCAUGAGUAUUUGGCGCCUGAGUUGGUAACCGGCGGUGGUCACGGAAACGCCGUCGACUGGUGGGCGUUUGGGGUGUUCAUUUACGAGCUGCUACACGGAACGACGCCGUUUAGGGGAGUGAACAAGGAGGGUACGCUUAGAAACAUAGCGUCUACAGAAGGGGUGAAGUUCAGGGCGGCCAUGGAGGAAGAGGAAGGUAUAGCAGAGGCGAGGGAUCUGAUAGAGAGACUACUGGUGAAAGAUCCGGCGAGACGGUUGGGAUCCGGGAAAGGGGCGACGGAGAUCAAACGGCAUCCAUUCUUCAACGGCAUAAAAUGGGCGUUAAUCCGGAUGUACCGACCGCCGGAGGUGUACGGAUUGAUGAGAAAAGCCAGAUCACACGUGAGCCACGUGCGUGACGUCAACCACCGCAUGCGGCGUCGGAGCUGGUGGAACUGGAGAAAGCUCUGUAACUAUUUAAUUAAAAACGGAAAUUCCAGUAAAUCUCAUACCAAUACCAAUCAUUACAGAUUUAACGCCAAAAAUAAAAUGGCUUAAAAAUGGGAAAAAAUUCAAUACUUUUGUU